GCACUCGCACAGCCUCUCGCUCAUGCGCACUGACUGCUGCCUGAGCAAUUUGUCAGUACUCGUGGGAGAAUUUGGACAAGCUUAGCAUUUGUCAUGGAGGAGUCAGCCAUGAAUGCGGCCACUCCUGACUUUGACGUUUAUGGAGCAAUGGAUUGGAAAGAUGGAGUGGGAACAUUGCCUGGAAGUGAACUGAAGUUCCGGGUGAAUGAGUUUGGGGUCCUGGAGGUCAUAACCGAUGAGGCAGAUGACGACAGCGUUAAGAAGGCCCACGCCACGACCACAUGGGCAGUCCCCACUGCCCAAGAAGUGGUGAAAGAGGAGCAUCGUCCCUGGGCCCAGCGAGGCCUGGUGUGUGUGCGAUGCCAGAGGAAGGGCUCGGCAGUCGACUUCCUGCCUGAGGGACGCCACUGCAGCGAGCGUUGUCAGCAGCAGGACCAGGAAGAGUGGAAUCUGAAGAAAGACACUACCAAGAGCAACGGAGAGGUGAUUGGGGGCACCAGGAAGAGACACCUCCAGCAAGAGAAAGUUCCAGAAGAGACGGACAGCGUGAUGGAUGUACCUGAGGAUGACGACGAGGACUACGAAGAAAAGGACAACAGGAAGUCCACACGCGGGGCACCUCGGGGACGGAGGAAACGGAGAGGCGAUGCAGCUCUACUCAGGCACACGGUGCCUUACGGAGGGAAAAAGAAAUCUUGGUGCUGGGCGUCGUAUUUGGAGCAGGAGAAGGCUGCCGCGGCCCCCAACAAGCUGUUUAAAGAGCACCAGUCUCUCCCACAGAGCAAGAAUGGCUUCCGGGUGGGGAUGAAGCUGGAGGGGGUUGACCCCGAGCAUCCAUCCAUGUACUGUGUGCUGACCGUGGCCGAGGUCUCAGGCCACCGUAUCAGGCUGCACUUCGACAAAUACUCCGACUGCUAUGACUUCUGGGUAAACUCCAACUCCCCCGACAUCCACCCAGUGGGCUGGUGCGAGAAGACAGGACACAAGCUGCACCCUCCCAAAGGCAUAAAGGAUGAGGAGUUCAGCUGGUCGUCCUACAUAAAGCAGAACAAGGCCCAGGCUGCACCCAAAGCCCUGUUUGAGAACCAGAACACGACCGUCACGCCUCAGGGCUUCCGAGUCGGGAUGAAGCUAGAGGCAGUGGACAAGAAGAACCCCUCGUUCAUCUGCGUGGCCACGGUGGCAGACAUGGUGGACAGCCGCUUCCUGGUCCACUUCGACAACUGGGAUGAGAGUUACGACUACUGGUGUGACGCAACGAGCCCUUACAUCCACCCGAUUGGCUGGUGCCAGGACAAUGGCAAAACUCUGACCACACCCCCUGGUUACCCCACUGAGAAGGGCUUCUCCUGGGAAUGCUACCUUGAGGAGACAGGGGCCUCCCCUGCUCCAGCCAGAGCCUUUAAAGUGAAACCUCCUCACAGUUUCCAGGUGUAUAUGAAGCUGGAGGCCGUGGACAAGAGGAACCCCAUGCUGGUGAGGGUGGCCAGUGUGGUGGACACGGACGACCACAGGAUCCAGAUCCAUUUUGACGGCUGGACGGAUGAGUACGACUACUGGGUGGACACGGACAGCCCAGACAUCCACCCGGCGGGCUGGUGUGCCAAAACUGGUCACCCUCUCCAGCCUCCCAUCAGUCCACAGGAGAUGUUUGAGUCGUCGGAGCAGGGCGGCUGCCCGACCCCCGGCUGUAAGGGCAUGGGCCACAUCAAGGGAGCUCGCUACUCUGGACACCACAGUGCGGUGGGGUGCCCGUAUUCGGACAUCAACAUCAACAAGGAUUCUGUGCUGCCCGACCGACUGAGCGGGGAGAUGCCCGGUAGCGCGCCAGGCGUGGGCAGACCCAGGAGGGUGGAGCCCAGCCCCGAGACGUCCACCAGCACGUCAGACAAGCAGUCAGCUGGCCCAAGCUUGAGUCACCCGGAGCGGCCUGGACGCCCAGAGAAACCAAGUGCUGCGGCCAGCUCCAUGGAGCCGCCCCUCAAGAAGCCGGCAGGGACAGAGCCAAAGAGACGAGUGGGGCGUCCUUGUAAGCAGAAGAAGGUCGAGGAGCCAGUGGAAGAGGAGGAAGUGGAGAGUGAGGUGUCCUCCAUUAACGAAACCAAAGACCUAAGCCUGCAGCAGGCCCUGCACCAGUCCGUCUUCAUGCCCGCCGGCUCGCUCUCGCCCACCUCGGGUACACCGCACUGCUGGGACCAGCACAGCAAGCUGUUGCCCACCGUAGCUGGCAUCACCGCUACCAAAGUGGCUGCCUGGAGCGUGGAGGAGGUAACUGAGUUCAUUCAGGGUCUGCCAGGGUGCAAGGAGCAAGUUCGCACUUUCAGGGAAGAGCAAAUCGAUGGCGAAGCCUUCCUGCUGCUCACCCAGGUGGACCUGGUGAAGAUCCUUAGCAUCAAGCUGGGCCCUGCCUUAAAGAUCUACAAUUCAAUCUUGAUGUUCAAGACUGCCGAAGACUCAGCCUACAACGAACUCUGAGAGACAGGCCGAGA